AUGCCCGGACAGGUUUACAUGCCCUUGGUAGCAGCAGCACCUCAUGAGUGGCAAAUCUCCUAUGAUCAUAUGCAACACAACAUGAUGCCCUUACAGGAUGUGAUGAACCCGGAGCCACCGACAUCACACCAUCCGUCACAGCCUUCUCCCUACCUGCCUCAUCACCCUCAGCAGCAACCUCCUCAUCACCCACAACAGCAACACCAACGACCAGCAUUGCAACAUCAGCCGCCUUCUCGUCAUCGUCCUGAACCGCCUCCAACACCCACUUUCCAGCAAGGCCAAAGCGGGCCAUGGUCCACCCAUGAUGACGAUGUGCUUGUGCAAGCGAGGACCAUGAAUAUGGCAUGGGGAGCAAUUCACGAAAAGCAUUUCCCAACCAAGACAGCCAACGCUUGUCGGAAGCGGUAUGAGCGGCUAAUGCUUAGACGUCGAGGAAAUGAAUGGGACGAAGACCGGACUGCAAGACUUGCCGUAGCAUAUAAAGAGAUGCGAGAGGAGAUGUGGAGCCCGUUGGCCAAAAGGUUGGGGGAACGAUGGGAACAUGUCGAGAAAACUUGUAUGGAGAAGGGACUAAGGAACAUGCUUACUCUUGCAUCCAGCCAAACUCGAGGCAACUCAAAUCGGCAAACAAACACCAGUCCCGGCUACGAAAACGAUCAAUAUCCUCGUGAUCGUGACCGAGCAGAACGAGAAGACAGUGGUAUUGCCUUUGCACCGGAGAGUUCCAGUCGCCGAUCUAGCCACAGCAACGGCGGAGCGGUCUCAUCGUGGCAACAACAUGUUUUACCACCACCUCGACGGCAAUAG